AUGUCAACGGAACUGUCAAAGGCAUCCCUUUCACACGUGCUAGAUACGAUAAAAGUACAGGGAAAAAGUUUCGAUCGUCCUCGAGAGCAGAUAAAUGAACGAACAGCCUGGAUCGACGGCUCGUUUGUGUACAGUGUCGUGGAGGCAUGGGUAGCAUCAAUGAGAUCAUAUGAGAAUGGCACGUUCAAGGAGGGCCCUGAGAAAGGGUACCCACAACGAAAUGAGGCCAAUAUUCCGCUGGACAACCCUCCACCUCCACAAGCACAUCGGCUACUCAGUCCUAACCGUCUCUUUCUUCUUGGUGAUCCACGGGUCAACGAAAAUCCGGGUCUCCUUUCUAUCGGUAUCAUGCUCUAUAGAUGGCACAACGUAAUGGCCAAAAGAAUGCAAAAUGAACACCCUUCAUGGACUGAUGAAGAGCUUUUUCAAGCUGCUCGAAGAUGGGUAAUCGCCACAAUUCAGAAAAUCAUCUAUUACGACUUUCUUCCUGUACUGAUCAACGAGGAGGUAGCGCCAUACAAUGGAUACAAAGCUAGUGUUCCACCUGGAAUCUCGCACUCGUUCGCUGAUGUAGCGUCUAGAUUCGUGUACACCAUCAUUCCUCCAGCAAAUAUUCUUCGAAAAAAUGUAGAAGGCUGCGAAUUCCGUGAAGAAGUCGGCAACUUUCCUGCUCUUCGUCUCUGCCAGAACUGGUGGAAUGCUCAAGACGUCGUGCAGGAGUAUUCAGUGGAUGAGUUCUUGCUUGGAAUGGUUUCCCAAGUGAGCGAAGCCGAAGAUAAUAUUGUUGUGGAGGACUUGCGAGAUUUCUCUUACGGUCCUUUGCAUUUCUCACGUGUGGACGCUGUGGCUUCAACGAUUAUGCGAGGGCGUGAUAGCGGCAUCUCCUCGUACAACGUACUCAGAAAGAAAUUCAAUUUACCGGAAAAGGAGUGGAGUACGAUCAACCCGCAGCUGUACGAAACCAACAAAAUCGUAGGUCUCAUUUCCUAG